GGAAACUCUUUCUACCGUUUCUUUUUUAGUUCAGGCAACAUUGCAAAAAACUAACAUUGAAAGAUCAGAUCAAGAGAGAGGUCAUUCCAUCACUUCAUCCUCCCUAGCACGCUUGACCUCUUCAUCCUUCACUACUAUGGCUACUACUGGUGCCAUCACUACUAACGCUCCGACAGGAGAAAUCCCAGUCUUUGAUUCUAUCGCUGCCUUCCGUGCAUGGCGCAAGGGGUUGGCUCGUCAGGAGAAGACCGUGGGCUUUGUUCCUACAAUGGGAGCACUGCAUGAAGGUCAUUUGAGUCUUGUGGAGACUGCAAGCAAAGAGUGUGACGCUGUUGUCGUUUCUAUCUUUGUGAAUCCUGCCCAGUUUGCACCCCAUGAAGAUCUGGAUCGGUACCCCCGCACGUUUGAUACAGAUUAUGCCUCUUUGGUCUCUACAAAGUCAUGCGCUGCUAUCUUAUUGCCAAAGGUCAGUGAGAUGUAUCCAGCUGGUAUCACCCUUGAUCGUUCGCAACAACGCGGUGCAUUUGUCGAAGUCCAGGGCUUGUCUCAUCAGAUGGAGGGCAUCCCUCGCCCUCAUUUCUUCCGUGGGGUCGCUACAGUUGUCGCAAAGCUCUUCAAUAUUGUCCAACCUGAUCGUGCCUUCUUUGGUCAAAAGGAUGCUCAACAAUGUGUGGUCUUACGUGCCAUGAUCAGAGACUUAUUAAUGCCUAUUCGAAUGCGUUCUGUACCCACAUGUCGUGAGGCAGAUGGCCUAGCUAUGUCCUCCCGUAAUCGUUAUCUAACUCCAGAAAUGAGAGAGGUUGCUACUGUACUCUACAAGGCGAUUUCAGCUGCCAAGGAAGCCAUUGUCAAGAAUGGAGCUCAGGAACGUACCGCUAUUCUGCAGCCCGCGUACAGGAUCAUUGAGCAAGUCAGUCAGCAAGUCAAAGCUCAGGGUUUGCCUUUUGAGGUACGAUUGGAUUAUCUAUCUCUGGUCGAUGUCGAAACUUUGAGUGAGCUUGAGAUUUUGGGCAAGAACCAAGCAGCCAUUUUGUCAGGAGCUGUUUAUAUUGGCACCACGCGUUUGAUCGAUAAUACUUUGAUUAACACAGAAGAGCUAUAACAUGAAGGAGUGCUUUAGACCGAUAGACAGUAAUGCUUUAAGAAGUUGAAGAAAACAAUGCAUAUAAUCUCAACGAAGGAAUAAAUAAAGCAUGCUUUAACUACUUUCACCACGCUCUUGAUGAAAUCUUAGAGGCAAUCCUCAAGUGCGUGCUCAUAGUUAAACACUAG